UUGAGGUUUGUCAGUUGGCAACUUCGGGAGGAAUGAUCGUUCCUUUCGCCGCGACGAGAGAGGAACUCCGUUGUUAAGAACGAGACAGAACAGUAAGGAUCAGCUUGACACUCUGACACAAAUAAAAUCGUGCGAGCCGCGAGUUGCAGAGAGCGUAGAUUAACAAGGCAUCAACGAACAGCAGGAUGGACAGACUACUGCGGUUAGGCGGCGGAAUGCCUCUGAAUCAAGGACCGCCACCCUCUGACGCACCCGUUGUGGACACAGCCGAACAGGUGUACAUAUCGUCGUUGGCUCUCUUGAAAAUGCUCAAGCACGGUCGCGCUGGAGUACCAAUGGAAGUGAUGGGUCUGAUGCUGGGAGAGUUUGUCGAUGAUUACACUGUUCGCGUGAUCGAUGUCUUUGCUAUGCCGCAAACGGGAACGGGUGUCAGCGUCGAAGCGGUCGAUCCAGUGUUUCAAGCAAAAAUGUUGGACAUGUUGAAACAGACCGGUCGACCGGAAAUGGUAGUCGGCUGGUAUCACUCUCACCCAGGGUUCGGCUGCUGGUUGUCUGGGGUGGACAUCAACACUCAGCAAUCGUUCGAGGCUCUCAGCGAAAGAGCGGUCGCUGUAGUCAUUGAUCCUAUACAGUCAGUUAAGGGAAAAGUCGUUAUUGAUGCAUUUAGAUUAAUCAAUCCAAAUAUGAUGGUUUUGGGACAAGAACCGAGGCAAACAACGUCGAACUUGGGCCACCUGCAAAAACCGUCUGUUCAGGCAUUGAUACACGGACUGAAUCGGCAUUACUACAGCAUUAGCAUUAACUAUCGCAAGAAUGAGUUAGAGCAAAAGAUGCUAUUGAAUUUGCACAAGAAGACGUGGAUGGAUGGUCUUACUCUUGCCGAGUAUUCGGAGCACAGUCGACUCAAUGAGAACAUCGUUUCCGAGAUGCUUGAACUCGCGAAAAAUUAUAACAAGGCUUUGGAAGAGGAGGAGAAAAUGACACCCGAACAAUUAGCUAUAAAGAAUGUAGGCAAGCAAGAUCCAAAACGACAUCUCGAGGAAAAGGUCGACACGCUAAUGGCUACAAAUAUAGUCCAGUGCUUGGGGGCUAUGCUCGACACAGUUGUAUUCAAAUAACUGUUUUCCAAUAUGUCAUUCACGAUAUGGUAUUUAAAGGAAAUACACAUCUUUUUAAAACAGA